AUGAAAAUUUCCAAACACACAUUCCUUGUUUCCGGCGGUGCCUCGGGAUUAGGCCGGGCCUGUUGCGAGGACAUUGUCGCCCAAGGUGGCCAUGUCGCUGUCCUCGAUCAAAACGAGGAAAAUGGCCAGGAAUUUGUCAAGACAGUGGGAAGCGCUGCCCAAUUUUUUGUCUGCGACGUGUUGGAAAGUGAGAGCAUCGCAAAGGCCGUUCAGGGCACCGUGGAAUGGGCCAACCAAUCCGGCAAGACGAUUGGCGGCGCCAUCACUGCUGCUGGUGUCGCCCUUCCUGCUCCCCUAACUCUUGAGGAGAUUGUCAACCGCCACGGCACCCCUUUCAGCAUCGACGAUUUUGAUUUCGUCGUUGGCGUCAACUUGCGUGGCACUAUUGAUCUCGCCCGCCAGACUUGCGAAGCCAUGGUGAAGACCAAGCGCGAGUCUGCUGACAGCGAUCAUGGUGUCAUCAUCAUGGUCGCAUCUUCCGCGGCCUUUGAUGGUCAAAACGGCCAGGUCUCGUACUCGGCCUCCAAGGGCGCCAUCCGAUCGCUCACUCUGCCCAUGGCGCGAGAUCUUGGUCGUUAUGGAAUUCGUGCCAUGACCAUUGCCCCCAGUCUCUUUGAGACUGGAAUGACAAGCGCUAUGCCUGACAAGGUCCGCAAGAACCUGGAGAAUACAUUUGUGUUUCCUACGAGAUCAGGUCGCGCCCCUGAGUUCGCAUCUCUCGUUCGCCAGAUUAUUGAGAAUGAAAUGCUCAAUGGCGAGGUUAUUCGCUUAGACGGUGCUUCGCGUAUGCCGAAGAUCUGA